CCAGGUUCGAGUCCCGACCCAAAACCCAGUCCACCAGCACCAAAAGACACAACUACGAAAGAGCCUGUGCUGACCAGAGUGUGGAAGAAGGUCAAGCAUGAAGCGCAACACUAUUGGCAUGGCUCCAAGCUCUUGGUGUCGGAACUUAGACGUACCACCUCAGACCUGCUGCGGUUGAUCCCUUUCGCGGUCUUCGUGAUUGUCCCGUUCAUGGAAUUCCUGCUACCCGUUGCACUCAAGCUGUUCCCCAACAUGCUCCCGUCCACCUUCGAAGAUAAAUUCGCGGCAGAAGAAAAACAACGCAAAUUGCUGCGUGUCCGGUUAGAAAUGGCUAAAUUCCUCCAAGAAACGCUCCGAGAAUCCGGUCUGAAAGCGAACGCGCACAUCGUCGGCUCAGACGCAUUCAAGGAGUUCUUCCGCAAGGUACGGUCAACAGGCGAAUCCCCCUCCACCCAGGACAUCAUCAACGUCGCGCGGCUCUUCGACGAUGACCUCACGCUGGACAACCUCUCUCGCCCGCAGCUCGUCUCUAUGUGCCGCUACAUGGGCAUCAACGCCUUCGGCACGGACAACUUCCUGCGUGGCGCGAUCCGCUCGCGGUUACUACAGAUUCGGCGCGACGACCAGGCUAUCGACAGGGAGGGCGUGAAGGAGCUAUCGAUCCCCGAGCUGCAGGCGGCGUGCCAGGCGAGGGGGAUUAGGACGUAUGGUGUCAGUCCGGGGCGGCUGAGGGACGAGUUGGCGGCGUGGAUUCAGCUGCAUUUGCAUAAUCGCGUGUCGGGCGUGCUACUUAUCCUGGGACGGGCGUUUAAUUUUGAUCGGAUGCCUGGUGAGGACGAGGAUGGGAAGACUGCGAUCAUUCAGAGCUUGCAGGCUGUGCUUAGCGGCUUGCCUGACACCCUGCUGAACGAAGCUGAGCUUGAAGUCGACUCGGACAAGGCCAGCUACAAGCAGAAGCUCGAGGUACUGCAACAACAGGAGGAGCUCAUCGAGGACGAAGAGGAGCAGGAGCAAAAGGAGGACGCCGCUCGUCGCGCGAAGAGGGAGGCAGACGAGCGGUCCAAGCGGGAGGAGGAAGCUCGUCUGGCUCAAUCUUUGUUGCCUGACACCGAGCUGCAACCGGAGAAACCUGUCGAGGAAGCUCGCAUGACGACUGAGCAGUUGAAGGAGCUGGGCGAGGCGCUCCAGUUGCUCUCGGCUAAGUCUAGCGUCCUCAAAGAACGCGACGAACUCCGGGCUCUAAUGGAAGAGAAUCUCCAAGCCGAAGAGGACCCCAAGUCUCCAUCCGGCGCGCUGACGAAGCGCAUCCGCACGAUGCUCACCAAGAUCGACAAGCAGCUGCAGGAGUACGACGAGCGCGUGGGCAGCUCGCUGCAGAUGAUCUCGUGCGACCCGCAGGGCCGGAUCUCCGUGCAGGACCUCGAGAAGGCGUUGGCUGUCAUCAAGCACCGGCCGGACGAGGAGGUCGGGCAGGCAGUGAUCCAGAAGCUGGACGUGGACAAGGACGGGUAUGUCGAGCUGGAGCAUGUGCUGGGGUUGGUUAGGCAGGAGGGGUUGGGGACGGUCAUUGACGAUGAGGCGCAGUCGAUCAUUGGGCAGGGGAGGGAGCUUAAGAACAGCAAGCCCCGGAAAGAAGAUAUUGUUCAAGAGUAA